AUUUAAAGCGGCUCGUUUCAGAAAUCAGCUCAAGCCACUCUCGAUCUUCAAAGAAUCUUUUACUUUAGAUUAGAAGUCUGAGAAGCGAGAACCCGAGAAGGCUGAAGCUGUUGUUGAGCAGGGUCGAUUUGGAGCCGAGCUAAGCUAAGCUAAUCCAUCUAACUUUACCCAGAUUCUCUGUCAUUCACUGAAAGCACCCACUUGAAAUUAGUUUAGUGAGAGCACACACUCGCUUUAUCUCUUUUGCAAAACAGGAAAAGGAUUUAUGAAUUACGAUGGCAAAAGAAAAAUAAGGGAAAAAAAAUAAAAGAAUCUGCAACCCUUUUCAUACUCCCCCAGAGAGCUACUGCUAUCUCUUCCACUUAAGUUAAAGGUUAAAGCUUCAAUUUUUGUUCUCCUUUACUCUUUCUCUCUGCGUUCUCGCCAAAGCUAGCUUUUCGAGCUGCUAAGUGCUAACCUCUGUCAUUCGCUCUCUCUUGCCUUGGUGAGGACUGAGGACAGAUUCAAGGAGAGAGAGAGAGAGAGAGAGAGAGAGAGAUAUGAGAGGUCCUCUGGGGGCAGUCAUAGGAAGGUACCCUUCAAGUGAUGGACAAUCCGAGGUGGGUGGGAUCAUCAAACACAACAGGAAAUGCAGAGAUAUGGUUGCUCUCAUUUUCUUUAUUGGUUUCUGGAUAGGAAUGAUCGUUAAUAUCAGCUUCGCGUACAAUCGAGGAAACCCAUUAAGGCUAACAUAUGGCCUAGACUACAAAGGAAAUGUUUGUGGAGACAAGCAUGCUAAUCCCAAUUUACGUGAAUUGGACCUCAGAUACUUUUUAAAUCCCAACCAGGUUUAUGAAGCUGGCACGAAGAACAGCCAAUUUAAGUUAGCAAAUGCCAGGACCAUCUGCUUGAUGGAUUGCCCUAUCCCAUCUGAAGAUUCUCUGAAUUGGGUUUGCGAUUACCCAGAGGGUGAUAUUCGUAUCUCAAUGGAUGACUGGAUUGAUAGAAACUAUGAUUAUUUUGAGUUCCUUACACCAGACAUGAGGAAUACCUCCCUUCAGCUGCAAGGUCCUUGUUACCCUGUCAUAUUUCCAAGUGUGAAUGUAUAUUGGAGCUGUCAAUAUAUUGCACGUGCAUCAAACAUGUCUUUGCGGCAUUGGCAUGAGAUGGCUGGAGUAAAUAUCAAUGAAGACAUUAUAAUAGAUAAAUCCAUUCACAGAUCCAUCAAUUCUCGAUCUGCCGCCCUAAAGAGAUAUGUGGCAGAUAUUGGGAAAGCAUGGCCAGUGCUGAUUGUUUGUGGAGGAAUCGUGCCACUGUUUUUGUCAGUUUUCUGGCUAUUGAUGAUUCGGCAUUUCGUUGCCGGAAUGACAUGGAUAACAGUCUUCCUGUUUAAUUUUCUUAUAAUAUCAGUCACGAUGUUUUACUAUCUAAAAGCUGGAUGGAUUGGACAUGAUGCCAUCUCCCCCAUCAUUGGUGAGAGUGACCCAUACUAUCAUGUAUCUGGAAGGGAGGAAUAUCACAUACGUGCUGUUGCUGUUCUUAUGACCGUUAUAAUGAUUAUUGCCAUCCUCUCAUCUAUUGCCAUCAUUCGACGCAUACUUAUGGCAACAUCUGUCCUAAAGGUUGCUGCAAAGGUCAUAGGAGAAGUUCAAGCUCUCAUAACUUUUCCUAUCAUACCAUAUGUUAUACUUGCGAUCUUCUACAUGUUUUGGUUUUCGGCUGCUCUGCAUAUGUUCAGCUCUGGUCAGAUACUCCAGAACGAUUGCAGCUCCAACUGUUGCGCUUAUGAUCUUGUGUCUAAGCGGGUGAACUGUGAUCGUUGCUGUGGUUACAGCCUCCAUUACUCACCUCAUGUUGCACUUGCUGUCCUUUUCCACCUGUUUGGGUGUUAUUGGGCCACACAGUUUGUCAUUGCAUGUUCCUCCACUGUGAUUGCUGGCUCUGUUGCUUCUUAUUAUUGGGCUCAUGGUGAGACCUCGCAAGAAAUUCCAUUUCUUCCGGUAUUUGCUUCAAUGAAGCGGCUUAUGCGUUACAGCCUUGGGUCAGUGGCUCUAGGUUCUCUACUCGUGUCAUUGGUUGAGUCUGUUCGCUAUAUACUUGAGUCAAUACGUCGCAAGUUGAAAGUUGCUAAUACCACACCUGAAGGCUGGCCUAGCAAAGUGAAAUUUUAUAGUUCUCGGUGUUGCUUUACAUGUAUCCAGUCAACCAUCAGAUCUGUCAACCGCAAUGCCUACAUAAUGAUUGCUAUAACAGGUAAAGGCUUCUUCAAAGCUUCUGCAAUUGCAACAGGCUUAAUCAUGAAUAACAUUCUCCGGAUAGGGAGGGUGAAUGUGAUAGGAGAUGUUAUCCUUUUUCUUGGGAAGUUGUGUGUCAGCCUAUCCAGUGCUGUCUUUGCAUUUCUGAUGUUGGAUACUCAUAAAUACAGAUCUGCACACAACAAGAUCUCUUCUCCUCUGUUCCCAGUUCUGGUUUGUUGGUGGCUCGGUUAUGUCGUUGCCACACUUUUCUUUGCAGUGGUGGAAAUGUCAAUCGACACUAUUAUCCUUUCCUUCUGCCAAGAUUCCGAGGAACAUCAAGGGAAUGCUCAGUAUGCCCCUCCCCUUCUCAUUGAGACCCUCAAUGAUCAAAACGAGAUGCAGAGACUGACACAUGGAUCCUCCUGAAUUUUUUUUUCCCCUUUGUUUCUUUAUUUGUUCAAAUUGGAAUUCGGAAAGCUUGAGAUUUUAUUAUCAGGGGCUCUUGAUUUUACCAAGUUGCCUGCCUGUCUCUUCCUCUUUGUUUUCUUUAGUUUCCUUUUGUUUUUGAUUUAUACCGUUUCCAUUUCUCGAAUGUAUAUAUUAUUAAAGGCGAAUGUAGGACAAAUUCAAGUUUUUGAUCA